AUGGAUAGAGUGUUUUCAGUGAAUGAGAUGCCCGACCCGUUCUGGUCGCCGCACGCGCCUCCGAUUCGCCUCCACGACGAUGCUAACGUGGAGACGCCGUCGUCUUCCUGCGCCGCCGCAGCCGCCGCCUCUUCCUCGAAGAUGAACCGCAGCUCGUCGGAAUGGGCGUUCCAGCGGUUCCUGCAGGAGGCCGCCUCGCCCGAUCACAACAGCGCGUCCCUGGAAAUCGACGACGUCGUCGAGAUUAAGGACAGCAAUCAUCAGUACAAUGGAAAUGAGCAGCCGCCGCCGCCGCCGAAUAUUCCGAUCGAUUUGGAGGAGUACCAGGCGUUUCUCAAGCGCCGCCUGGAUUUGGCCUGCGCCGCGGUCGCCUUGACCCGGGCAACUAAAGGAAAAACUUGUGAUUCGGAGUCUGUAACUGCAGCAGUAUCAGAUAUUGGCUCUCAGGCAUCAAAUUCAUCGUACUGUAAAGGGCGUGAUUCAUUGAAGGCACAAGACAAGGACUCAGCUGCUGUGCCUUCAAUUCUUGCAAGUUCCAGGAGAUCUGGUGCACAGGUGAAGUCAACAUCAAGCGGUUCCUCAGGGGAGCAGUCUGAUGAUGAUGAGGCUGAGGGAGAAAAUGAAACUACCCAGAAUACGGACCCUUCGGAUGCAAAACGCGUGAGAAGGAUGCUUUCAAAUAGAGAGUCAGCUCGACGAUCAAGAAGACGAAAGCAGGCUCAUUUGACGGAGCUUGAGACAAAGGUCUCUCAACUGAAAGGCGAAAACUCUUCCUUGCUCAAGCGCUUCACUGAUAUAAGCCAGAAGUACAAUGAAGCAGCUGUUGACAAUAGAGUUCUUAAAGCUGAUGUUGAGACCUUGAGAGCCAAGGUGAAAAUGGCUGAAGAAACUGUGAAAAGAGUAACCGGGCUGAACCCAUUAUUCCAAGCCAUGUCGGAAAUAUCGACCUUGGGCUUGCCACCAUUCGCCACCACACAUUGUGACACAUCACCGGAUUCUACUGUACCAAUAAGACAAGAUAACGAUCCCAAGAAACAGAAUUACUAUUACACGUCCUCCAAUUCCACUACAACUAACAUUAAUAGUAACAAUAAUAAUCACAUGACGACGGAUCAAAGAAUCCAAAACCCUCCGACAGCCGAGAAUGUCGUGCAAGAAAAGGGAACAACUGUAGGGAUUGGAACAAACAAGAUUGUAAGAACUGAUUCUAUGCAAAGAGUUUCCAGCUUGGAACAUCUGCAGAAGUGCAUACGUGAUGGCGGGCCGACUUCAUCACUGAAUUAA